UGCUUGAUCCCGCUGGAUUGCACAUGUGCGUACCUUACAGAAGGCCAGGAAGUGUCUGUUGUAGAGGACAAUAGAUGCUUAAACCUGAGUUAGGACUUAAUUAAUUAUGAUAGAUCUUUCAAUUAAAUCACCGGACGUUUUUGCGGAUUAAUGGAGUCAACAGGCAGCUGAUACAAGUUUCUCUGGGACAUAUAUUUCCAACUAUCUAAGUAAGAUGGGAUUUAACGUUGCAUCUCAGUACAAGCUGCUACGUGGUUGGAGUAUGAGAUUGUAUGCGCCUUCAUCGGUUUCAAGAGUGGCUGCAUCUUACCAUGUCACAGCAGCUCACCUUUGUCCAGAGGACAGCAGCAGAAAAACUGCAGUGAAGAGACGCCUCAAAUCCUUUAGUGUCCAGCAGAAGCCUGGUGUAACUGAAGGAUGGCAACAACGUGAGAGGUCGGUUCAGAAUAAAUUCCACCAGCCUGAGAUCCCACUGUUGCAGGGGCAGAACCAUAAGAGAGGACGGGACAGCAAAAUGUCGUCCGAACUCAGGAAACUGUGUCUGGACGAUUUCCCCGACGAGAGGGAGAGACAGGACAGGCAUAAGUCAGCACUUGACUCGAGAGCAGAGAACUUUGAGAUUGUUUUUGGCAUCGCUCCCUGUCUCAUGGCCCUGACCCAGGGUAGAAGGAAGACCCAAAAGCUGUUUGUCAAAGACGGCGAGACCUCAAGCAGGGCGUCUGUGGUGAAGGUGUGCGAAGAGGCUCACCUGCGAGGAGUACAAAUCCAUCGGGUCAGCAAGAGGGAUAUGGACAAGAUGUCGUCUGGGGGAGUACAUCAGGGAGUGUGUCUGCAAGCCAGUCCACUGAGCUACCUCACGGAGGACCCGGCGCCCAGCGGAAAAGACACCGGCACCCCUCUGUGGCUCGUUCUGGAGAGAAUCCAGGACCCGAUGAAUCUCGGAGCCAUCCUGCGCUCUGCUUACUUCCUUGGGGUGGACAGAGUCGCCAGCAGCCUUCACCACAGCUGCCCACUGUCUCCAGUGGUCAGCAAAGCCAGCUCAGGUGUCAUGGAGGUGAUGGGCGUGUAUGGAUAUAAAAGGCUUGAAGAUAUGUUGAAGGUGAAGGUUGCGCAGGGCUGGCAGGUGGUUGGCACAGUGGGACCGGAAGCGGGGGAGGCCCGCGUCCCCGUGACUCGGUGUUCGGACUUCAAAAUGACCAGACCCACGUUGUUGUUAAUGGGAAGUGAGGGGGAAGGACUGUCCCAGGAGCUGCGCUCGCUGUGCCAAACCCUGCUCACCAUCCCGGCUGGCAGGGAGCUGUUCCCCGGCAUCGAGUCCCUCAACGUCUCUGUGGCUACAGGGAUCCUGCUGCACUCUCUGAUGUCCUCCGGUCGUUCAACCAGAUCACGACCGCGUAAAUAGUUCAGAGGAUUAGCCAACGGAUCCAAACGUUCAGAUUCAUUUUGUUACUGUAAUCUUCAGAAGGUCUUUUUAUUCUGUACUGAAAAGAACAAACUUUGUAUGCAUCGUAUUCCUCGCUGCAAAAGAGCUCAGAACGUGUCCAAAACCAAUAAAAACACCCCAUUACCAUGGUUA